AUGUAUGUCCAGCUCAAAGCAGUGGAGAUGGAGCGCAGACAAACAGCUGCUCUGGAGAUCCUGGCAAAAAGCGAGAGGGACAGAGAAGAGGCUCAAAAAGUGACAGAAAGUCUCAAGAAAGUAAACAUGGAGACAAACAGGAGGAGGCAGGAGGCCCCAGAGAAGAGACAGCAGAACCAGUUGAAGCAAGAGAGGCUUCAGUGGCAACAGGUGAGGCUGAAGGGAGACAAAAGCCCAACUCACAAUUUCAUCUCUCUGAAUGAAGAGCAACAGAAGAGACAAGAGGAGUCUCACAGCCUGACCCCCGACCUGAAGUCACCUGAGAGAAAGAAGAAAACUCUCCACAACAACUGGGUUGCAGAGAAAGAAAUGCACAGAAAAACAGCUGAGGUCAACGAAACCCUGCAGUCCAUGCAGAAGGACAGACUUUCAGUUGGACACUGGGUUGGAAAGUACCAACAGAACCAUAAGAAGAAGCGUGAGAAACGCCGGCUGAAAGCAGAGGCUCAACACGCAGCAUACAUCGCCUCCAAGAGCUAUGGCCCCCAGCAUUCCCUGCUGAAUGAACUGUUGGACUGUAAAAAAGUGUUGAAAAACCAAAGUGUCUUCAACAACUGGGUUGUGAAGGAAGAAAUGGACAGUAGGCCUGUCGAUGAUUACUCUAACUAUCUCCUCUUGUCUACGAGAACAAACCCAAAGUCUGAUGGAAAAACAGAUGAAGUCAAAGAGACCCUGCAGUCCAUGCAGAAGGACAGACUCUCAGUUGGACGCUGGGUUGGAAAGUACCAGCAGAACCAUGAGAAGAAGCGUGAGAAACGCCGGCUGAAAGCAGAGGCUCAACACGCAGCAUACAUCGCCUCCAAGAGCUAUGGCCCCCAGCAUUCCCUGCUGAAUGAACUGUUGGACUGGUCCAUCUUCUAAAAUAAGCAGCUUCAAAUCCAGAUCCUUCAGAUUUGAUUUUAUUGUUACUGUUAUUUACCUUGUUUCUUUGUUUUCAUUAUUGUUUUUUCUUAAAGUGUUCAUUUUAAAACCUCAAAUUUCUGUCUACUCUCUUAAAAUAAUGUUGGUUAAAAUGUGUGGAAAUAUACUGAGGUGCAGAGGUGGUAAGUACAUUUACUCAAGUACUUUACUUAAGUACAAUUUCGGGGUAUUUGUACUUUACAAGUGUUUCCAUGCAAUGCUACUUUGUACUUCUAUUCCACUACAAUUCAGAGGUAAAUAUUGUAAUUUUACUCCACUACAUUUAUUACUUUGCAGAUAUAGCUUAGUGAUAA